CGGACGAACGGAAAAAUCACGCAUUACCUCCUGCUAGCUUGUGCUGUUCUUCAGGAAAGCACGCGUUUUUGUGGAUGAUUUUUUAGUGAAAUUAAAGCAGUUAAACUCUUCAAAUUGGUGUAAUUUCAGGGGAAAAUGAAGUUUCCCCCGCUGGCACCGCUUUUGCUGGUGCUCGUCGGAAUCGGUCUCAGCUGUACGCCAUCGGACGCCACCAAGCUCAACUAUCCACGCGUUUUGCUGCCGAUUUUCGAUCAUAUUUCGGUUAACUUUUCGCUGGAGGUUGUGGAAAAGGGCUGCUUCAAAUGGACUUCAUCCCGUCUGGAUCUGAUCCAGAUAACGCCGGUCUACGAAGACACCGAAGACGAUUGCUCGUACCGGGUUCAGGUCACCGUUAUCCAGAAAGAGAAACGUCGCAACACCGCCAUAGUUUUGGCCGAGGACCUCUCGACCGGAGGAAUACUACGGUGCGACGUCAUCCUGGACGUGAUUGAUCAGCUCGGAGUGUUGACCACCACCCGGGAACUGUACCUGGAGGAAGCACCGGAAACUUUCGAACUGUGGGCCCUCGAUUCCCAGGGCAAUGCUUUCACCACUUUGGAGGGAAUCGAGUUCAAUUGGCAGCUCGCUUCGCAUAGAACGUCUUCCGACAAUCGGCACCAGGGCGAUUGGAGUCAGGUAUUGAGGUUUUUGACGUUUUCCGAGAGCAAAUUCCAUAGUGUCCCUAAGGCCGUUGAGAAGUUGGAAAUAGAUGGAGUUCAAGGUUACAUGGUUUUGCUGGAAGGUAUCAACACCGGUUCAGCUAAGGUUACUGCGAAGCUUCCAUAUGCAGAGUACAGUCACGUUCCACCGGUUGAAGUCAAUAUUAUGGUUCUGGCUAAUCUUAUUCUGGAUCCAAGCGAUGUUUAUAUUAUGACUGGAGACACUGUGGACUUCAAGGUUUUACAAUUGAAGCAAGGCAAGCUGCACGAGAUCGCUUUGAACAAUCAGUAUUACCUGGAAAUUGAAGACACCGCCCUGGCCAGCAUUUCCAACAGCGAAGCCAAGGGCCUUAAGCUUGGUCGAACGUUUGUACUGUUAAGGGAUCGUAAUGUACCCCACGGUGUGGGAACAUCGGAGGAUCAGUCCUCGAAAGCACUGCUUCCAAAGGCUUCGAUCACGAUUGCUGAACCGAAGAAGUUGGCAAUAAAUCUGCUUCCACACUAUAACUGGGUAACGGUGGAAGGCGAAAAUCAUGAGAUUGCGCUCGACUUGUUUACCGCAGAUGACCAUCAGAUAACUUUGGGUUCUAAAUACCAGAUCCAGUCUUCGUUCGAUGAGACGCUAUUUUACCCGGUUCGUAGGACCAGCAACGGAAGUCGCAUUGCCGGAGAAACGAUUAACGAAGGAAGUGGACCAGUGACUGGAAAGUUUGAUAAGCUAAACGCAAAGGCCGAACUGAUAGUAUACAGCCGAUUGGUUAUCAAACCGGAAGAAGUCAUCAUCCCGUAUGAUCCGACUGUGCGUCGGCAGCAGAUCCAGUUUGCAGCGUCCGGCGGAGAUGGUUCCUACUUGUGGUCCAGCUUGGAUAGUUCCUUGGUGACGGUGGCUCAAUCCGGAUUGGCCGAAACCCGCUUGGAUCAUUUGGCUAAGGGUCUAGUUACCAUUAACGAAAAAGGUGGUUCCAAAUCAACGCAGAUUCGUGUCGCUUUGGCCCGAAAUAAUAAAAUUAACGUGGCUGCCAGCGUUCUGUUUUUGCCCCCGGUGAAGUUGGAAGUUGUCCGUUACAACUUAGAAACAACUGUGAAGGAUUACGUAGCAGUUCACGUAGCUCUUUGGGCAAAGCACAACGGAACGAUGAAAGCUUUUACCAGUUGCGAAAGCUUGAACUUUGAGCUGGAGUUUAGCCAGCAGAUCUUUUUGCUCGAUACGGCCAAGGCUAAUUCAGCUCAGGGCAAGUUGGCAGAUAAUGCUUGUAGACUGUUGUAUUUAAAGGCGACGAGCGUGGGACAGACCAAUAUGAAAAUAACCUACCGGUAUUUCGAUAAAGUUUUGAGCGAUCAGGUGUCGUUGAAUGUUUUUGAAAAGUUGGCAAUUUUGAAUCCGACUGAAAAUGAGGUUGUUUUACCAAUUGGCUCGUCCAGAAACUUGAUCUACUAUAACGGACCGGAGCGUAUUUUCAAUUCGGAGGCGGAGCUGCAGAAGCAAAUCGUGGUCGAUCAGCGGAAUGUGGAGGCGGUUGAGAUUGGAAGCGGAUUCUCCAAAGACAAACACAUUUUGAGGGUGUUGUGCCGAAAGAUUGGCGACUACAAUCUUAAAUUGCAAGUGUUUAACACCUUGAAUGCUCCAAACGUAGUUCCGUACGUUACGGAAUUCGUAACAAAAGUCCAUUGCGUAAAACCUAGAUUCGUAAAUCUCUAUACCACCGAAAAGAUGAAAAGCAGCUGUCCUCUAGAACGGAGAAACUCUAUGAUGCAUGUCAAGUCCGACAAUGCUCAGCUAUUGGUUGACAUUGAAGUGCUUGAUGUUCACAAUCGCAAGUUGAACAACAUAACAUCUCUACUCCUGGAUUGGCAAUUCACUCUAGCCGAUGACAACCAAGCAUUAGACCAGCUUAGCUACGAACAAAAAACCGAAACAGAUCUCCUCGAAGGAGUUGCCAUUCCAAAAAGAGAUUUUCUUCAAACCAGUCUUCCAGCGUUGGAUGCCAACUUCAAAGUAAAAGCCGUUGUUUCGAAAUAUCGCGCUGAUAUUUUGCAAAAGCAUUCAAUCACUGCUGAAACUCCUCACUUCGGAAUUCAAAAGACAACGGAAGGCCCGUUGGUGAAACCGGUUAUCGAGAACGAGCUAAAUUUCCUAUCUGUGAACAAAACAUUGCUUCCGUACGAGCACAUUGUACUGUUCCUAGCUCGUACAAACGUCGAAAGAAUUCGAAUCGCCCAGGGCAGUGGUUUUUACGAUAUUCGUUCUUCCGAUUCGGGAAUCGUUACGGUGGAGUAUGACGACGCCACCCGACAGCUGGUCAUUUCCCCGAAACGAGUGGGAGAGGUCAAACUGGAAAUAGUCGAUCAAUGUCUCAGCACCGAGCCGAGCUUUUUGCAGAUUUCGGUCGUUACGAUUGGGAAAAUUGUGCUGACUGCACCGGAUCGGGUAGAAAAAACGAAAACCAUUGAGGCGAUCGCCCGGAUUUACGACAACAACGAUCGGCUGCUGGAGCUGGAGCGGGACCGUUUGGAUAUCUACGAGCUUGGUCAGGAGAUUUACAAUCCGAACUUGUUGAGCGUUGUUUUGGCGAAUCAAGGAGGAUUGGGCGCUGGAGAGAUUAGAUACAUCCUAACCGGAAUGGAAUUGGGAGAAACGAAGGUUGUCGUAAGUUCUGGCACCGGAGAAAAACAGAUAUCCAGCUCUCCGGCUUCCGUUCAGGUAUUCCCACCGCUAUCGCUCUUUCCCCGAAAUGCCACCAUUCUGGUGGGAAGCAGCCUUCAGAUCUACUCCAAAGGUGGUCCAUCGCCACCAGACGGUGCCAUCGUGUACAGCGCCCAGCACCAGGACAUCAUUUCCAUCGAUUCCGGUCUAGUGGAGGGUUUGAAAAUCGGUCACUCAAAGGUAACCGGACGCUGUAUGGGUAUCGAUCCGAGCACCGGUGAUCAGAUUGUGUUCUCGGAAGAUACGGUUAAUGUUCACGUGGUUCCAUUGACCGGGAUUGAAAUUCGUAUGCCCUUGACGAGAUUGAGGGUGGGAGCUGUUAUGCCCGCUCACGUUUGGGCGAUGCCAUCGAUUUCACCGCUGGUGCUGGGAACCUUGGACACGGUCAAGAUUUACUGGUCCACCGAUCAUGAAGAUGUUUUGGAGGUGAAGGGAGUGUUCCAGGAAGCUGGAGUCGAAUAUCGGGAGAAAGAUGCCAUUGGAGUUCGGGUUAAGGCUCUGGCUCCGGGACGAGCUAUUUUGCACGUGACACUGGUAACUGGAAAUGGAGUUAAAUUGACUGCUAAAAGCGAAGUUACUGUGUUCCGUGUUUUGGAGCUGGAGACCCCGAAAGUCAUCCGUUAUGAUUCGAUUUUGAUUCCACCGAGAAGUAGCGUUCAGUUGAAGGCAAAUUUGGAUGACGCAGUCUACCAGCUGGAAGAAGGAAGUGGUAGUUCUGUGGUCAAAGUCAGUAAAGAUGGUUUGGUAAAAAGUUCAGAUGGUAUUGGUCGCGUCCAGAUUGCAGCAUCGUCGUUUGAUCAGUCUCUUACGAUACCGAUUGAGGUUAAGAACAUUCAUUACAUCUUAACGACGCUUGAAUCCGCAGUUGCACUUAAACAAUCGGAAAGUUUCAUCCCACAAGGAAUCGGUUUGAAGUUGCGAGUUUCGUUACAUGACAAUCUGGGGAAUGAAUUCUCCCACGGCAUUGAGGAUGUUAGUGCGCUCAAGCAUAAGCUGUCUCGUAAAGGAAACGUGUUGAUCAAUACCGGCACCAACUAUUCGAUCGGUUUGGAUUUGAUUCGAGAGACAUCGGAUAUGUUACAGAUAUCUCUGAAGGACAAAAACGGAGUGAAGUUUAGCGAUGACUACGUAAAACUGGUAGUCGGUGAAACCACUGCAGUUUUCCCAGAAAAAUCCGUUUAUUCGGUUGGAGACAUCGUUUGUUUCGAAUCACCUCUGCUUGGAACGGUAGCUGACUGGAAGAGUUCUGAUGAAGGAUUGGUCAAGAUUGAUGCUCGCAAUGGAAUAGCUCAGAUUGUAGCUUCUCGGACCCGAACGCCUGCAGGAAAAGACGAAAAAGUUUACAUCCGACACGGUGAUCACCGAUCAGGAGGUUUACGAUUUGGAAUCGAUAUUUUGGAAGCAGAUCGAAUAGAAUUCUUCAAAUCAUAUGAUGUUUUCAACGGUCAACAAUAUCGAGGCCAUCUGGUUAUCAAAAAUCACCAACAGCUCGACAAAUUUGUCAACGUGAUUGCUCAGAAUGUAUCGACUUGCGGUGAAAAUAUCGAUCGAUCGUACGCCGGAUUGUUCAGCUGCAAAUUAUCCUCGAAACAAAAUCCUUCAUCCACAAUCUUGAAACAUUUCAAAACCUACCCAAGUUUUGAUCCAUUGAUCGGAGCUUACACCUGUGACAUUGACCUGUUGACUUCAAUCGAUGAAUUAACCUCGCUCAUCAAAACCAGCGAACAGAACAUUGAACUGGAGGCUAAACUGUUUGGAAGUGGUGGCCUGGUCGAUACUUCCACUUUGAAAAUUGUUCCGGCUGUCGUCGUGGAACCGGAGGCAAUCUCCAUUGACCAGGUCGGAUCACAGACCGUUACCAUCCGAGGAAUCGAUAGAGUACUGCAAAAGAUCGAGGUGGCAGCUUCCAAUCCAUCGCUGCUCGAAACUGUAUUGGUGCAGAAAAAUACUGGCUCGGUUCAGUAUAAGUUAAGAUUCCUUAGUUCCUACUCUUUGGAUUCCAGUGAGGAUUUGUUUGUUGCAGUUCACUCUCCAUUGACGCAUCAGACACUGAGGAUCCCGAUCCAAUCGCCUCAUAUGAUUAGAAAAUGUGCUAGUCAACCGUUAUACAAUGUGCCAAAUCUGUUUCUGAGCUAUGUAAGCAACUUUGGGUUGCUAAUUUCAGCUCUGAUUGUUCUCGCGGCUACUGUUUGGGUUUUCGUAUUCUGCUUUCCGCAGCGACAAAAAAUGGUGGACCCAAACGUUACCGUGAUUAACUCACCAUUCAAGGCAGAUAACAAUGCAGCCUUUGGACAAACGCGAAUGGUCUUUAAUCCGUUCGCUAGUCCGGGUACUGUCGAUGGAAAGCGAGGAGCAGGCAACUUGCACCUCGGACCCUCCUCACCAUACACUGGUCUAGGCAAUCUAAGUCACAACACUACUCCUCCAGGGGCAGGCCAUUUUUCAUCGGGUUCCGAUUUCAAUUCAAGUGCCAGCGGAGCCAGUUCUCCGGGGUCCCCAAUUUAUGGGGACAGUACGUUACUCUCGCCACAGAAACGAAUCCAUCGGCGACAACUAUAAAUAAAUUCAGGUAAAACGGUACUCAAUUGGUUACGUUAGCUUGGACAAUUUCAGUUUCUAUUUCUUUAGCUAGGUGUGUUUAACAUUUGGACAUUCAUUGGAUCACGGGCAUCCAUCUGUACAUAAUUUAUCAAAGUUAGAGAUUUUCCGAGUAAUAUCGCGUGUGUGCGAAUUGAACAUGAACGUGCAUUUGAAUGAAUAAUAUCGACGAUUGCGAUAAACAUAGUUUUAACUGUUCCUUCCUUACGGGAUAACGAGAAGUUUUGGUUUGUUUUGUGAGAAAAAAAAAACAGUCGAAUUAAUCAGUUACUGCAGUUGCUAAGAUCUUUGAAUAUCUAAGAAAAACAUAGAUACUUAUUUGAAAUCCGAAUGAUACUCUUUCCAUUGUAAUACGUCAGGAAUGAAUUGAAUUCUUUAUAGGGAACUAAUACAAUAAACCUUCCGACCCGUUAGUUAGGUAUUUUCAAAAGUAACUUAGGGCAUAGAUAGGGUUUUCCGUUCCUCCGACCUGUCAGGUUCGAUCGGGUUUACAGUCAUUCAAAACCGCGUCAUGCAAUCAUUAUUAUGGAUAAUAUUAUUAUUUCUUUUUUAAUCAAGGGGUAGGAGUUUUUUCUUCUGUUUUGUUUAACAUGUGUUCUUUUUUCAUCAUCAUAGUUUAAGACAUAUGACUGCGAAUAUAAAAUGGAUUUUUGAAAUGAGAA